AUGUACAGCGCUAUUCGCACUUUUGUGAGACGCGCAUUUCCUGCGGCAACCGCGCGCCAACCCGCAGUCACGGCUGCCCAUGUACAAACGAUAUGCAUGAACGCCUGCCGCGGGAUGGCAACUGGUCCCGCGGCAGGUGGCCACAUCUCAGAUGAGCUGCUCGAUAAGCUAGGCUCACUUUCCACGCAAGCCCUGAUUGAUGGCCUCUGGGUCAUGGGAUGGCCAACAUCUCACAUCAUGGGUGCUCGACCGUUGACAGAAGGUCAAAAGAAGAUGAUCGGUCGUGCCAUCACUAUCCAGUUUGCUGCUGCCCGCCCCGAUAUUGCGGCGGACAAGCCCAGCGGUACUGACUCUCCUGAAUACGAGGCUUUCGAGCUCGUGAACGGAAAAGAGGUCAUCGUGAUGUCUUCAGUUGGUCCGUGGGAAUCUGUCGGCGGCGACAUAAAAUUCUUGCGGUUGUUCCAGCGUGGGUGCGCCGGGUUAGUCACCGAUGGCUCUGUCCGCGACACGGCAGUUCUCCGAGAAUAUGGCUUCCCCGUUUUUUCGCACUCAACCACUCCUCGGCAGGGACCGCAUGUGCACCAACCUUGGUCCUGCAACACAGUAAUCAAUUGCGGGGGCGUAGUCGUCCGACCCGGCGACGCGAUCAUCGGUGACCAAGAUGGCGCCGUCGUGAUUCCUGCGUCCCAUGCCCAGCAGGUUUAUGACAUCGCUCACAGCAGAGAAGUGAUCGAGGAAAUCGUAAAGGAGGAACUUACCAAGAAUCCUGGACCCCCUGGCAAGUUUUACCCCUUCAUGUCUGGCAAAAUAAAACCAAACUCUCCUCUCGGUCAACUUCUAACUUCCAAAGGAGUCAAGUUCGUACACUGUGCAGCUCGCCCCGGAACGCGACUGGGCGUUCCAACAGUUGCACCCACCGGCGCUACGCUUGGUUCUCGUCGCACUGUGGGCGGCCCAUGCAAUAUGUCGACGUACACGCAGACGGAAGCUCAUUAUCAGUCUGUUUUGAAACAGUUUGCCGAACAUAAGGCAUGCGCGGUUCUCCGCACACCGAUCGUUGGGGCUUGCACUCCUGCUAUGAAUGCCGCAGUUGACGGCGGGUUCAAACUGGUUGAGUUCACGCUAACGACACCUGGAUGCCUUGAUUCUGUUGCUGAAUACGCUUCCCGAAAAGAUGUGCUCACGGGUGUAGGCACGGUAAUGACGGUCGACGAUGCCAAGAGAGCUUUGGAUGCAGGCGCACAGUUUAUCGUCAGUCCAGUGCUAAUUCCUGAAGUCGUCGAAUGGUGUGCUGCCAACAAGAUCGUGUGUGCCCCUGGAUGCCAAACCCCUUCUGAAAUGGUCCAAGCCUGGAAGCUCGGCGCGCCUAUCCAAAAGCUUUUCCCAGGUGUCGCAGGCGGCCCUGCUUGGGUUAGGGCCGUCUCUGCGGCGCUGCCAAUGUUACGCAUCAACCCGACUUCUGGCGUUGAGAUAAGCACUGCUGCCGAUUAUCUCCGUGCUGGUGCAUCAUCUCUUGGAUUCGUCGCGCCAGCUUUUCCCCCAAAACUUGUGGAAAAUAAGGAAUGGGAUGCCAUUUCUAAGAUAGCCUCAGAAAUCCAGGCAGCCGUCAAGUCUGCAUAGAUUUAAACCCACUCGGCCAGUCGAAGGCAUCUGGGCACGCACACGAAUUGAAUUGUCGUCCCACGGCAAGUCAAGGGGCUAAGGAUGGAACCGAAAUAUGUAUAUACAGUAUUAAUUGAAAUCCUUUCAAAUAAGUCGUUCACGCGCUUGACUCACGGAGUAUGCUCAUGUUAAAUUUCAAAGCUGGGAACACGACCUCACAUGUGUGCACAGUGAUAAUUUAAUGAAAAAACGAUGUUCUACUGAUCA